AUGAGCUCCGACAUUCUUUGUGUAUCGGAUGAAGAAAAGCCGUCGGAAAGCACAGCUGCAGACGUUGAAGCACCACGCACCUUCAGUCAUUCCAGCUCGCAAACUCCAGGAAGCUUACGUCGUCCAGGGCCGUGGCUGUCACCGCAUUAUGAACCGAAUCUAAAGACCAUGUUCCGUUCUAGUGAUUAUUCCCGACCACUUGCAUCCAAAGAGGACACUGUUGUCUACUACAAGAAAGGUGAUGUCGGCUUAGCUCACGUUCACAGGGUUGAUCGGCGAAAGCUUGACGCUAGUUUGUAUAAUGGUGUAAUUUCCUGCCAAACUCUAGAGUUGGAAACCAUUCCUUCUUGUCGCCGUAUACGUAGACUUAUUGAAGAGGUUUUCGUGGUGGAUCGUGGAUUUUCAGUCGGGGAAACGGUUAUAAAAUAUGAGAACGAAUUUUUAGGCAUUCCUAAUAAGGAAUGUCUAUGCGUGCCACGACUUGAAACCGCCAUUGGUCAGAUUAUCAAUGUUGAGGUGCGAGGUGACGUACUGGUCUUGCCGCAGAAGAAUCUAGUUGUGAAAAACGUGCCUCUUGGUAAAAAUGAAUACACUGAGAUGGUAAACUAUAAUUCUGCGCACAAUUACGUUAUGUAUAAGGAUUGGAUCGGGAAUGCGACCGAUUGUAUCAACGAGGUCACUUUGGUUUAUCGUGGAAGGCAUCGAUUUGUUGUGAAGGAGGGAGGACGAAGUGGUGUAUAUCUUCGGCGCCAGGAUCAUUCAGAUGAUGGGAAAGCACUUGUGCCUGGCGAAUGCGUGUCAAUUUCUGUCAGCGAAGCGAUAGGCCGUUCUGCAACAUGGGAAAAUGGGCCACCAAAAACGCUUACGACUUCAAAGAGACGGAGAGGCGUAGGUAGUGUAAGAUGCGUUAUAGAGAAGAUCGAAACACAUUCAAUAGUUGUGGACUGGAUUACUUCCCCUUCAUCUACGAAAACCCCUCCGAAAACGAUACCUAAGCAGGAUUUAUCCAGGGUCACCCGUAUUGAUCCUUCGGCAAAUCCCAGACCAAGUACUUGCGACCGCGUCAAAGUAGUGCCAGAUGGAUUAUCGACUGUCUGCACCUUUAAAGAAUUCCUCUCAGAUUUGACGGCACAGUAUGGCAAUCGCUUCAGAAAGCUGAAGGCUAGAGACGAUGAAGCGCUCGCUACUCCCUGUGAGAACUGUUCGAAAGCAUUACAAAGGGAGCUGAAGCAAAACACAUCCACUGCUAAAGCAGCGAAGAUUGCUCGCUUGAGUGACUUUUCGGAACAAGCCAAGGAAUUUGAAUGCGUCUCGGCCCAAAGUGUACCUAAACAGGAAGCCCCUGAUACUCAACAGGAUGUGUUGGAUGUGGAUGAUGUGGAAUCUUUGCACGGCAGUAGCGAAGAAAAUGAUGUCCCAUCAAAUUGUGGGAAAUCAAGAGUUUCCGUUUGCCGCAGUGUUGUGAGGCAAAAACGAACCCGCAAAUGUCCGACCAGACGUCGAAGAUGCACUCCUUCUUUGCCGUUGGGGUGUUCUCGCCUUGCUAAAGAUGUGCUGGGUGAUGGUUUUAUAGGAGAGUUGUUGUUGCCAUGUACGUUGGUGGAUGUGCAGUGGAUGAACGGCACUGUAGAACGCCGGAUUCCCGGUUUCUUGUUGAUUCCUCACGAUCCUGACCUUGAUCAACAAGAUCAUCUGCCUGGAGUUAUUGUAGUCCGGAAAGAUGCUAAAAAUCCAGACACUCUGUUCGGACUGAUUCUAUCGACAAACUGUGACGAACGCUCUUGUGUUGUUUCUUGGUUUGAACGAAUAGAACAUUCUAUUAAAAAUCUUGGUGAAGAAGAAUGCCUUCUUUUCGAUAUUAUGCCUCAUCCACAUUAUAAACGUUUAUUUAUUGGGAAUUAUGGGGUUGUGAUUGAUCAGUAUCACGCUUCUAACGAUAUCCGUGACAUAGCUUUUCAAGUAGUAGCUGAUCUGAACAAUGGGAAGCAGCGAGUGAGGUUUUUAAGUGGUCGCGAAGAAGAACUCUGGCCUUUUGACAUUUUGCCUAUCCAGUUUGUGGAUGAGUCGCUUGAUAGCGACAGUGAUGAGAGUACAAGUGUGACGGAAACGGAAAUAUCGAGGGAUACAGGAUCUUCUCGUGCUACCUUGGCAGCCGUUUCCAAGGUCCUCGAAGAUGCUGGACUCAUUUUCGAAAGAGAUAAAACCAAGAACCUCACUGCCAGACUGCCUUUAAUUGAGAAAGCUGUCACAUAUUUCCUCGGAAGUUUUCCAGAACUCGGCACUAUGUGCAAAAAGCGUAGUCCACAUGAUCCAGAGUCACGAGAUGUUCAAGUACUUUUUGCCGGCUCCUUAUUAGAGGCGACUGGAAAGAAGUGCAGUGAAGGCGAAUCUCUCGUUCUGUUCGCUGAUGUCAUGACGGCUCUUACUAGAUCUAGGUUACUACCAAAUAACUUCAGCAUGGACCACCUGUGUGGUCUAGUAGACGACUUUGAGCUUUGUAAAGUGUUUUGUGACAAUUUGUAUCCAAACGAAAAUUGCUCGAAAAGGCGGCAUAAAACUAUGGCAUCAUCACUCAUGCAAGUAAAGCAGUGUGCACUCGAUUGUCCUGAAUGGUUACCUAUCUUUCACCACAUAUCGGAGCACUUUUGCACUCAUAACGAAGAUGGAGUGCGAACACCUCUUCGCUCCAAGCUGCACGAGUUUUUUGAUGGUAUUUCAGGCUUUAAGCCGAGGCAUUUGUCUUGGGCGUAUAUCCAGUCUGUGGCAGAAGACCUUAUAGCAGUUCAUCGAGUCUGUGAUGAAGCAGGAGAACCAUAUCCUCCUACUGCCAAAAGAAGGUGCACUACUUCUGUGCCAGCAGGAUCAACCGAGCCACCGACGUUUAUGAUAUGUUUAAGAGCAACUGCUCGAGGAUUGGCGAAAGGAGUCGAACGAACAAAACUAAUUAUUUCACUCAUUACUCAGGCAUUAGAAUUCCAUAGCUGUCCUACUGAUAAUUCUCACCUUAUUGUGUGUUAUCCCAAUACGCAAGCAGGUUUCGAAAAUGAGUCAGUCAGUAAUAGAAAAAAUGAGGAUUACAACAAAGCACGCAUCCAUACUUUUGCCUCGGCUCUUGUGCUAUUACACCGUUGUGGCCUGCUGCAUUAUGACGUGUUUAAAGAAAAUUCCAUUUGGAAAGGACUUAACUGCGUAUUUUCGGAGAAGUAUGAAUCGGCACCAUUCAUAGAAUAUCCAACCCUUCAUGAGUUGGUCACCUAUGUGCGAUCUGUGGACUUCUACGAUCAUGAUUUGGCGAAGUAUUUAGCAACGUUCACCAAAAUGUAUUCCUUCGAUUCUAUGUAUAAGCAGGUAGUGGUAGCGUAUUCACAGAAAUUGGAGGAAAUCGGCAAUCCCAAUACUACAAGGUAUGAUGCGUGUAGUCUAAAACAGCGAUCUACUCUGACUUCGAUGGACACAAAAACUGACCGAAAUAAAGGGACAUUCACGGUGCUAGAUGAAUGCCCAGAAUCUACUGACUCUUCCGGUUUCAUACCGAAUCGAAAAUUUUACACCACUGUCUUCAAAGAGCACAAAAUGCUCGCUGAACAUGUCCCUGAUAGCAUUCACGUCCACGCAUUUGCGAAUAGGUUGAAUAUUAUCCAUGUGCUUAUAAUGGGACCAUCCGGAACUCCUUUUGACUCUACUCCUUUUUAUUUUACCAUCAAACUUCCUAACGAUUAUCCAGAAAAACCUCCUGAGGUAACAUACGUGGCCUAUUCGCAAGAGCAACUUAAUCCAAACUUGUACCAGAACGGGAAAGUUUGUACGAGUCUUUUGGGUACUUGGUCUGGACAGGGAGUUGAAACUUGGAACCCAUCGACUUCAAAUCUUCUACAAGUGCUGCUAUCAAUUCAAGCGUUGAUCUUGGUACCAGAACCGUACUACAACGAAGCAGGUUAUGAAUCUCGAAAACAACAAUCGGAAAUGGCAGACAGAUCUAAACGUUACAACGAAACUGCUACAAUCAAUUCUCUGGAAUAUUUGCUCAAGAUCUACAAGGACCCCCCGAGCAAUUUCAAGAAACUUGUCAAGGAGCUUGUUGAAAGAGAAUGGCCAGGACUGUAUUAUCGUGCAAAAGGAUGGGUAGACAACAGCAGACCGCCCCUCUUCCCAAUUAUGAACUCCAAAGGGUUCAGGAUGGCUCUUGAGAAAGCGAUAACUCGCUUAGACAGCGAAAUCAAACCGUAUUCUGUUACUGAACAAACUUCUGGAGAACCUAUGGAAACUGGUGAUUCUAACGUCGAGCCUGAAACACAAGAAAACGAAGACGUGCCAGAGGAACGGAUGUAUGAAUGGUCAAUAACCGUGGAACCACGCAAAACAGGAAAAGCAGGACACCGUGCCUCCUCAUCGUGA